AUGGAAUUAAAUAAAGGUGUACAAUUUAAUAAUGCUCUUGAACUACAAGAAAAUUCAUAUUUACAAUCUAAAACUGCUAAAAUUGAUCAAUAUAAUUUUCGUGAUGACGUUGGAAUUGAUUACCAAAUAUAUUGGUCUAAAAAUAAUCAACGAGUUGUAACAGUUGGAACAGGAUCACGUUAUGACUGGCAAGAAACAGGAAUUUGCUAUCAUAGGCAACAUAUUAGACGAAAUACUUUAUCUGGAUUUAUGAAAGAUCUUGUUCGGAAAACUGGCAUGCAAAAUUGA